AUGAAUGGUAGUGGUUUUUUAGUAACCUUUGUUUAUGGUUUUAAUAUGGAGGAGGAGCGUAGGGUGUUAUGGACGGACUUAAAAGCUGUUAAUACCACAGAACCGUGGGUAAUAUUAGGUGAUUUUAACGAGAUUUUGAAUUCUAAAGAGCGUAUUGGGGCUCGGGUGAAGUUUCGAAAACCUGUUGACUUUAAAGAUUAUGUGGAGCAUUGUCAUUUAGAAGAUGUUAAGUACAGGGGCAAUUAUUAUACUUGGAGUAAUAAGCAGCAAGGGGAUAAUCGUAUUUACUCCAAAAUUGACCGAGUGCUUGCUAAUCAAAAGUGGCUUGAUUGUUAUACAGAAGCGGAAGAAAAGAAUUAUGGGAAGAAGCCGUUCAAGUUUUUUAGAAUGUGGAAUCAAGCUCCGGAUUUUAAAAAGAAGCUGGCAAGUGUUUGGAGUAGAGAAAUUCAGGGGACAGCUAUGUUUCAGCUGGUUUCCAAGUUAAAGCAAGUGAAAAUGAUGCUUAAAGAAUUGAAUAAUAAAGACUUCCAUGACAUUCCUAGUGCUGAAUUGCGUUUGAGGUUGAACUUUCAGGACUCUCAAGUAGCUUUGCAGCGAGGUCCUUUGAAUAAGGAUUUAAUUCAGAGAGAGAAGGAGGCUAGAGAUCAGUAUGUGGCUGCAAAAAAAGCUUACCAAUCGUUUUUACAGCAAAAGGAAAAAGUUCAUUGGCUUAAGGAGGGUGAUGAAAACUCUGCUUUCUUUCAUGCAAGCAUCCGAGAAAGAAGAGCUCAAAACAGAAUUUAUUCAAUAACUGAUGCUUAUGGGAGGUGGCUAGAUCAACCUGAACAGGUUCAAGAAGCAUUUCUUAAUUUUUAUGAAGGGCUGCUGGCAACUAAAAUGAGUAACAGAAGCAGGGUCAUCAAGGAAAUAGUGGUGCAAGGGGCUAUUGUUAAGGAAAGGCAGGCUCAAAUGCUUGAAGCUAAUUAUACAGAGGAUGACGUGAAGCAAGCUAUAUUCUCCAUUCUAGCUAGCAAAGCCCCUGGGACAGAUGGCUAUAGUAGCUCGUUUCUUCAAGAUAAUUGGGAAAUUGUUGGCAAAGAGGUAAGUGAAGCUAUCCUUUCCUUUUUGCAUUCUGGGAAGAUUUUGAAGGAAGUAAAUAGUACUGUCUUGACUCUUGUUCCUAAGAGUAAUUGUCCGAAUUUGGUGAGCGAUUACAGGCCCAUAGCUUGCUGUAAUGUUAUUUACAAAGCAGCCACGAAGAUGAUUUGCAAUCGGCUGAGACUUAUCCUUCCUGAUAUUGUAGCUCAAAAUCAGGGGGGGUUCGUUCAUCGGAGAUUUAUAGCCCAUAAUAUCAUGGUUUGUCAGGACCUUGUAAGGCAUUAUGGGAGGAAGCAUACAAAGGCCAAUUGCAUGAUCAAGCUUGAUUUACAAAAGGCCUAUGAUACUAUAGAAUGGGAAUUCCUGGAAGAAAUGCUUGCUGCUUUUCACAAAACGAGGAUUACGACAAGGGGAUCCAAUGUCUCCCCUUCUAUUUGUGUUGGGAAUGGAGUAUCUCUCUCGCAUCAUGAGGAAAUAAGGCAGAAAGCAGAUUUUAAGUUUCAUGAACGAUGUGAAGGUCUGAAGCUGUUUUCAAGAACAUCUGGUCUUAACCCGAAUGAGGCUAAAUCUGUUGUAUUCUGCUGUGGUAUGGCAGGGCAGGAGGUGCAAAGAGUCUUAGAAGCUUCUGGUUUCAGUAGAAGUGAGCUGCCUUUCAAAUACUUGGGGAUCCCUAUAUGUGCCAAGAGAAUUUCAACCAAGGAUUGUGAAAGUAUCUUGGAGAAAAUGGUUGUUCGAAUCCGAAUAUGGAGUACUCGUAAUUUGUCUUAUGCUGGAAGAAUAACAUUGAUUAAUUCAGUGCUAGUUUCAAUUCAUACAUACUGGUCUCAAAUCAUGAUAAUUCCUAAGAAGAUUUUGAAGAGCAUCAACUCUAUUUGUAGAGCAUUUCUUUUGAAGGGUGCUUGGGAUUAUAUGGGCUCGGGAAAUGUGGCUUGGGACACUCUUUGUAAACCAAAAAGUGAAGGAGGAAUGGGAUUUAGGAACAUUAUGAAUUGGAAUAUUGCUGCCAUUGGGAAAUACAUUUGGGCCGUGGCUAGUAAGAAAGACAACCUUUGGAUAAAAUGGGUGCACAAUGUGUACAUUAAAGAUGAGGAUUGGUGGGCAUACACUGCCCCGAUGCAAAGCAGUUGGUAUUGGAAGAAGAAUGUGGCUGUCAAAGAGCAAUUUAAAAGUUUUAUUAUUGCUGGCCAAUUUACUCAACUUGAUUACAGUAUAAAAAAGGGGUACUUGCUGCUGUGUCCUCCUCAAACUCGGAUUUCAUGGAGCAAUGAGAUUUGGGGGAGACUUAAUGUUCCAAAGCACAGUGUCAUACUGUGGUUGACCAGGCUGGAUAGAUUGAAAACAAUGCAAAGACUUCAUAAAAUUCGAGUGAUUCCUGAUAGCAGCUGUUUAUUAUGUAGGCAAAGUGAAGAGAAUAUUGAGCACUUAUUUUUUAAGUGCCCUUUCAGUAACAGGUUCAAGAAGCAAGUCCUUGCUACCUUUGUUGCUGCUGGUGUGUACCAAGUUUGGAAAACCCGAAAUGAAGUCCUCUGGUUUCAACAAGUCAAGAGAGUAGAUUUAGUAAUGCUGACUAUUAUACAUGAUGUUAAGAGUAGAAUAUACAGCAUUAAACCAGGAAAAGUCAAAUCACAACAUAAAACUUGGGAGGAUGCAGAAAAGGAAGACCAAAGAAGAAGAAUGUCUCAAUGCAUUGUCGACGAAUUGAGAGUUGUUGAAGAAGACAAUUAA